AUGUCUGGGGACAGUGAGGAGAUCACCCGUCUUCGCAAGCCUCGUUUCUCGUACGAGGAGAACCAGAUCCUGAUCCAGGAAGUGAGAGCCAACUAUGGCAAGCUCUACGGUACCCAGAGCCGACGGGUGACGGUGGCCGAACGCCGGCGGGUCUGGGAGGGCAUUGCCGGCAAGAUCAACAGCAUCACCAGCUGGAAGCGCACCGGCCAGGAGGUGCAGAAACGCUGGAAUGACUUCAAGAGGCGCACCAAGGAGAAGCUGGCACGGGUGCCCCACUCCACCCAGGGGGCGGGCAACGCUGGCGACGAGGUCUUCUCGGCCGAAGAGGAGACGCUCUUCGCCAUCCUGGGGCCUGGGGUGAUGCCAGGUCCAGGAGGGGCAGAAUCGGGGCUCUUGCGGGGCACGUCAGGCUUUGGGGGGCCCAGUCACCCACUGGCAGCUGAGCAUGGCAUGGAUCUACCCGCCAGGGCCAACGUCUCUGCCAGCCCAGAGACCUCUGUCCAGCCUUCGUGCCUGCUGAAACCCAAGGAACGUGACUCGCCAGCACCCCCUCCAGGCCAACCCUCGUCAUUGCAGAUUGUCCAGCUGGCUCCGUCUCCGUCCUGCCUAGGCUGCCAGCCACAUCCCGAACGCUCCCCAGGAGAGUUAUUGGGCACCACUCCCUGCCCUUCAAUUUCGCCCCCUCUGCGGCACCGACGUGCCCACCUGGACCUGCCUGUCGAGCCCUCUCUGGACAUCCUUCAGGCUCAGAGGGAGACGGCCACAGCCAUCCGGGAACUGACCUACACCCUGCGGCAAGGCCUGGAACGGCUCACGGACGUGGUGGCGGCACUGCUGCCCCUCCUGCCGGCUUUGCCAAACGGUCUGCUGCCCCCACAUGGGGAAUACGGUCUUCCCACGGCAGCCCCGGGCACAGAGACCGCCCCUCCUCGGGAGGACGUGCCUGCCAAGUCGGAGCUCUCUCCAGGACAGGAAGAGCCCGGGGCUGAAAGGGGGCCAUCUCCAAACCGGACCCCUCCGGCACAGAAGCGGAGGAAGGGCACCCCAACUCGGAAACGGAGAGGACGCUGGAAGAAUUUGUGA